GGCAACCAAACAUUCCCCAUUGGUGAGUGUGAAGAGAAGUUCAGGCUACUAUGGUUUGAAGCGACGAGAAUUUGCAUCCUGACUUUCUCUCUUUCAUUGAUGAAACAAUACAAAGAGCAGGAAUGGCACCUAAGAGACCAAAAAGUAGAAGGAGCAGUGCAGGGAGUAAAGGCAAAGAUAAAGACAAGAAGACUCAGCCACCUACACCUCAGGAUAAGCCUGGUCACCCUGAUGAUAUCUUCCCCCUGGUCCUCACAUCAGCCACUCAGGAGCUCUUUGGUUGCCGAACUGAUGAGGAUGUCACAAGGGAGAGCCCGUACAAGCUGCUGAAAAAAGACAACAUCAUACAGGACAUUAAGACAAGAGCUGCAGUGUCUGAUUUCAGCCCUGUGAAGCAGAUUGUGCUGGACUACCCGGAGGAAGAGAUCUUGCUGGUUUUUGACAGGAGCUUCACUUAUGGCCAGUGCUUCUACUUAGUUUUGACACCAGAAGCCAAGGACAGAAUAUUAAGCCCCCCAGAGCCUGAAACACCAGAAGUAUUUGAGAGUGAAGUCAGUAAAACUCCACAACCAAAGCUCUGGAUAUCUCUUGGCAGUGAGCAGGAAAUAGAUGAAGAAUCUGUCACGGAGACCAGACAAAAGCUGUGCUACAAGUUCUCCAGAGUGCGGAGGAAGUUUGGAGUACCAGUCUGUUUUUCUGACCGCAACACUGCAGCUGCUAAGGAUAGCUACCUGGAGUGUGCUUCCUACCAAGACAGCAGAUUCAGCAUCAAGCAGAUGCAGAGGGACUGCGGGAUGCAGGCUGUUCCUAGGCUGCAGAGCAGCAGUGCUCAGACGCAGUGGCGAUUUCAGAAGAAUAUCUGUACCCAGUACUAUCCAAGAGAGUUACAUGAGGAGGAAAUUGAAAGCACCACCCAAGCUGAGAGUCAGAGGAAUUUAUUGAACUCAGUAACCCCCAGGGUCUUGCAGGCCCUUCAGCAGGAAGAAAUUAUAAAUGUGUUCUUGGAUGACUGCAAAGCUUUGGGGACAUUAGCUGAAACUGGUGACUGGUCUGGGAAGGUUUCUGAGGAUUUGGUGCUCCAUUACGCCUUCACCGACCAGAAGUACACAAAGGACAAGAAAGUCAGCAGUAUUAACUGGCACCCUACCAUCUUCGGUGUGAUCGCUGUGGCUUUGACAGACAAAAAGAAGGUGCAGUUGGAUGAGUCCUCUGCACUGAUCGGCAGACCUGCUAUCAUUGUCUUCUACAGCUUCUCUGACCCCUCUAAUCCUCAGUUACUGCUGGAGUGUCCAGAUGACAUUUCUGCCUUUGAGUUCAACCCAUCUAAUCCAAAUAUUAUUGUUGGCGGCUGUGUGACUGGCCAGGUCGUGUUAUGGGACAUUUCUGCUCACAUCGCGCAUUUACAAGGAGCACAGCCUGGUGAUAAAAAGGCCACCACUGACAUAUUAGACCUUGAUGACAAUAAGGAGAAUAAUACUCCAGUCGCACGCUACUGUGCAGUGUCUGCCUUACAAAGCGGUCGCAAAGCCCCAAUUACUGAUGUCCAGUGGCUGCCACAAACAUUUGAGGUGACCAGGAGGGGUUUACCGAUGGAGAACAUGUAUAAGGUUUCUGUUCAGGUUGUCACUUGCUCCCCUUACAGCACUAUAAUGUUCUGGGAUGUGCGAGUGCCACAACUGCUGAACCAGUCACUGUCAGACAGGCAGCAGAAUGUGGAUCAGAAGACACCGAUUACACCCUACAGCGUCCCUGCAACUUUCGAGCACCUGGACCGGACAUGGAAACCGCUGUUCAGGAUUUCCCUGCCAAAGAUCAAUAAUAGUGGAGAAUAUGCUCCUUUUAAGUUCAGCCUACAACAUUACGCCUGUAAUGGUAACACAGGGAAGAACUCAGAAAAAGCUCAUGAAAAUGAUAGCACAGAGGACAUCACAGACUACAGCCAGCUCAGAGCUCCAUCAGCCCAAACACUCACAGCUCUGGAAGAUGUCAAUACCAAGUUCUAUUUUGGAACACAGGAUGGAGAGAUUGUUUACACUGACUGGAAACUGGAGAAAGAUGACUCUGGACGACUGCACAGUGCCAAACCUCUCCUCUGUUUUAGAGCGCACCAGGGUUUGGUGAACACAAUACAGCGAUCGCCUUUCUUUAAAGAUAUUAUUUUGACGACAGGAGGCUGGAACUUUGCCAUUUGGAAGGAAGACUUUAUGGAUGGCCCCAUUGUCGUGUCACCAAGUUCUGAGCAGCAGUGCACUGUGGGAUGCUGGUCCCUGUCCCGACCAGCUGUUUUCUUCAUUGGGAAAGAGGAUGGCAGUAUUGAGGUGUGGAACCUGCUGGAAAACACCAGUGAACCUGCACACAUCCAUGCACACAUCACCAGUGCCAAGAUUACCUGUGUCAAACCCUGGACUGUGUCUCCCAAGCUGCACUUCCUGGCUGUGACUGACGACCUUGGAAUGCUCCGUGUUUUCGAAAUCCCAAAGAGUCUUUACAUUCCCUCCAGGACAGAGAGUUCGAGUGUGAUGAAACACUUUGAACUGGAGAAAGUCAUGCUAAAGAAUUAUUUGAAGCGGGACGAAAUGUGGGUGAAAGAGAAAAAGGAGGCAGAGGAGCUAAAGAAGAAAACGCAGGAGCCUGACAAACCAGUCAAACUCCAGCAUGAGAACAGAGAGGAGAACACGAAGGAGCACAGCCAUUACCUGACGCUGGGGGAGAACGUCCUGAAGGGCGUGGGCCUGUGGCCAGCUGCUGCAGACACAGGGAAUACCUGAUAUCACACACAUGCACAAACACAAAUUACAUUUUAUACAAAACAAAGUCUUCUUGUUUUUUUUAUUGAUUGAUUUUUGUAAAUUUGAUGGCUUUACGUGUUUUUAUAAAAUCAUUUUUGAGACAUC